CUCUCGCUCCAUUCUUAUCGAGCAGUCAAUUCGUUGUUUUGUGCUCGGAGCUGGCUACGGAAAAUGAAGCUGCCCUACUCGUGAUAUGUCGAUCUCAGCACAAGGCGUCGUCGAACGGGCCAGCGCCGAACUCACCAAGCGCAUCAAUGGCCUGGGCCUCCGCACCUCCACCUCCUCCGCCUCCGGGGGGCCGCAGUCCCCCAGCAAAGGCACCAGCGUCAUGGAACGGGUGACCAACGUAUUCUGCGGCAACUCCUCGUCCUCGUCGGCCAAUGGACUCGGGGCCAACGGUGGUCACCGCGGUCCUGGGGGCUACCUGCCCCCGCCUCCUGACAAACCCUCCAGGUUCCUGCCUCUGCGCUCCACGUCUGCAGUGGGCAAAGCACACGCGGCUCUGCGCGCCCCCAGACCGCAGCCGCCUCCGCGGGCGCCGCCGUUGGUGGCGCCGCCGCCUCCGCCGCCGCGCGUCUGGCAGAGUUGGACCGAGCUGAUGAUGGACGAGCGCUUCCUGGCCAGGUUCUUUCACGUCUACUUCGCGCCCGGCGACCGACGGGCAUUGCCGCAGGUGUGCUCGCUGUGGCGGGACGUGCUUUACUCGUCACCGCGAUUCUGGACCGGCCUCAUCAUGGUGGCGCGUUGCCGCGAGCUAAGGGCGGCCACCCCCGAGUCGCGGCGCCGCUUCUACAACAGCGUCCACAUCCGCGGCAUGGACACCGUCGCCCUCACCGGUGCCGCCUCCGACGACGACGUCCUUGAGCUGGUCAGGCACCUCUCGGCGCCGGCCGCGCGCAGGAUCCACUCUCUUUCGCUCAGGUGCUGCGCAGUCACAGACAGAGGGCUUGAGUCUCUCUUAGCCCAUAUGCAGGGUCUAUUCCAAUUGUCGUUGAGCGGGUGCAACGAAGUGACCGAGGCAGGACUUUGGGCGUGCCUGUCGCCACGGAUCGUCUCUUUGGGCAUCUCCGACUGCAUCAACAUCGCCGACGAGGCCGUCGGCGCCGUAGCCCAGUUGCUGCCGUCGCUCUACGAGUUCUCCCUGCAGGCCUACCACGUGACUGACGCCGCCCUGGGCUACUUCAGCCCCAAGCAGAGCGCCACCCUCUCCAUACUCCGGCUGCAAUCGUGCUGGGAACUCACAAACCACGGCGUUGUAAAUAUUGUUCACUCUCUACCGAAUUUGACCGUCUUGAGUCUCAGCGGUUGCAGCAAAAUCACAGACGACGGUGUCGAACUUGUGGCGGAAAACUUGCCAAAACUGCGAAGCCUCGACAUUUCCUGGUGUCCACGAAUCACAGACGCCGCCCUCGAGUACAUUGCCUGUGACCUUACGCAGCUUGAGGAGCUCACCCUCGACAGGUGUGUUCACAUAACGGACAUAGGCGUGGGCUACAUCAGCACGAUGCUCUCCCUCAAUGCCCUUUACUUGCGCUGGUGUUCGCAAGUUAGGGACUUUGGACUUCAGCAUCUGUGCGGAAUGAGAAAUCUCCAAACACUUUCACUAGCUGGCUGCCCGCUGUUGACCUCGAGUGGCCUGUCCAGUUUGAUCCAAUUGCGGCAUCUGCGGGAACUUGAGCUGACCAACUGUCCCGGCGCUUCGCAGGAGCUGUUUGACUAUUUACGGGAACAUCUGCCCCGCUGCCUGGUUAUCGAGUGAGCGUCUGUGCGAGCACGCAUCAAGUACAAUCAAGCAGAGACAUUUGCAUCAUAAGGAAUAGUGUCGUUGUGAUAAAUAUCCUCUUUUCUGAUUUCCUCUCUAGUCCCUCUGGUGGUGAUUGAUUUUUUAAUGUGCAGACACUCGCAUGUGAGAGACAAAAGGAACUAUCGAAUCAAUUAACAUAACACAACUAGCUAUCAGUUGGUGCCUACAAAUACAUUUACUAUAUUUAGAGGGGGUGCCUGCACAUCAAAGAUAGCGGCUGCUGAAAUGCAACACGUUCGUGUCUCGAUUAGAACAAUAAUGUAAAUACUGACAUGUUGAAUUAUCGGUCUCACUCACUCACAAAAAUCACCUCACAUGUGUACACACUCUCACUCAGCUUUGGUACUCUUUGCAUCAUGUACCUGACUGCCUCAGCAAAAUUUACAAUUUUCUCAUUUUCGCCUCUCUCUUUGCAGCUGAGACUUGAAUAAAUACUUCUUGCAAGGCCCCUUUUUUUCGAAUAAAAAAGUGAAACGACUUGAGAUUUAAUUAUAUACUCAUGCGUGAUUAUAACACAAUUAUGCAUUAUUAACAUUCAAAACAGGCCUUGAGCAAUAAAUGAUUGAGGAAAGUGAAAAUUGUUCCACCGUCAUUUCCUGUUUUUGCUAACGCAGCUCAAAAACGUGUAACAUACUUAAAUAGCGUACUGGUUUUGUGUUUCAUUUCCCAAUAAAUAAAAACUAUAUAUUUCAA